AUGUCCGACGUCAAGGAAUUCACCCUCGCCGAGGUCACCGCCCACAACACCAAGAAGGACCUGUACAUGGUUAUCCACGACAAGGUCUACGACUGCUCUUCUUUCGUCGAUGAGCACCCUGGUGGUGAAGAAGUCCUCCUCGACGUCGCCGGCCAGGACGGCACCGAAGCCUUCGAGGAUGUCGGUCACAGCGACGAAGCCCGGGAGAUUCUGGAUGGUCUGUUUGUUGGAAAUGUGAAGCGUCAGCCCGGUGACCCCGCCCCCCGCGCUCAAUCCAAGCCCGCCGCCUCUAGCCCUUCCGGUGACGCCGCCGGUCUGGGUGUCGGUCUGUACGCCUUCCUCGUGGUCGGUGGAUUGAUCGCCUACGGUGCCUACCAAUAUCUGCAGAAGGCUUCGGAGACGCAGCAGUAG